AUGAUGAGCAAAGUUGUUGUAUCGGCUUUUUCACUCAUCCUAGUAGUUGGAGUGGUGAUUGGUGUUGUAGCUGUCGUCCAAAAAAGCGGAAACAGCGAGGAGACGUUGUCUACCUCAUCCAAAAAUGUGGCUUCAAUAUGUCAACCCACUGAUUAUAAGGAAGCUUGCGAGAAGAGUCUUGGUUCUGUAGAAGAUUCUAGUGACCCCAAAGAAUAUUUAGCAGCAGCUAUUCUAUCCACCAUGGAAGCUGCCAAGAAAGCUUUCAAUUUAUCAGAUAGUCUAAUAGUGAAGGCAGGUUCAUCUGAUAACGACACAAAAAUGGCUCUGGAAGAUUGCAAAAGCAUGUUGGAUGAUGCAGUCGAAGAGCUUCAGGACUCAUUUUCUUCAGUGGGUGAGAGUGAUGUUCACACCAUGAAUAAACGAGUAGCUGACCUACAGAACUGGCUAAGUGCUGUUAUCACUUAUCAAUCAACCUGCUUAGAUGAUUUCGGCGAUCCAAAUAGCGAGUACAAAACCGAAAUGAAAGAUGGUAUGCUCGACGCCAACCAACUCACCAGUAAUGCAUUAGCUAUCGUAAAUGGGUUAUCAAAGAUUUUAUCUUCCUUCGGAUUAAAGCUCGAUGCGGAUAAUGAUAGUAACAAUCACAGUCGGCGGCUUCUUUCAAUGGGCGACGAUGGUUACCCUGAUUGGUACUCAGGCUCAGGACGUCGGCUUUUCGCUACCCAGGACAUUAGCACUAUUAAGCCAAAUAUUACUGUGGCUCAAGAUGGUAGUGGAGAUGUUAAGACCAUCAUGGAAGCUCUUGGCAAACUCCCACCAAAGUAUGAUGGCCAAUAUAUCGUCCAUGUUAAAGCUGGAGUCUACAAAGAGUACGUGAGUGUGGGCAAGAAAAUGCACAAUGUGUUUAUGUAUGGUGAUGGCCCUUUGAAGACUGUUGUUUCAGGCGACCGCAGCAAUAAAACUGGCUUUAAAACCAUGAGAACUUGCACAUUCGAGGCUUUAGGAGAAGGAUUCACUGCCAGAUCCAUGGGAUUCGAAAACACUGCCGGUGCUGAAGGUCACCAAGCUGUGGCACUCAGAGUCCAGUCUGAUAGGGCAGCAUUUUUCGACUGCAAGAUUGAUGGGUAUCAAGACACCUUAUACGUCCAUGCCCAUCGUCAAUUUUACAACAACUGCACAGUCUCAGGCACCAUUGAUUUCAUCUUCGGCAACGCCGCUUGUGUGAUACAGAACUCUCUUAUCGUUGCAAAUAGAGGAAUGCCAGGCCAAUUUAACACUGUCACUGCACAAGGCAGGACUGAAAAGCAUCAAACAACUGGAUUAGUCCUCCAGAACUGCAAAUUUAUAGCUGAAGACAAAUUAUUUCCUGACAGAUUGACCACCAUGCUCUCAUAUUUGGGCCGGCCAUGGAAGGAGUUUUCAAGAGCAGUGAUCAUGGAAUCAGACAUCACAGAUGUCAUUCACCCAGAUGGAUGGCUACCAUGGAAUGGUGAUUUGUACCUUAGCACCUUGGAUUAUAUGGAGUAUGCCAAUACCGGCGCCGGAGCCGCCCCUGGUAAAAGGGUCAAAUGGGUCAAAAUCGUUACCGACAAGGCUAAAGUAAUCCCGUUUACUGUUGAUCCUUUCAUUCAAGGAGCUGAAUGGUUGAAUGAAACCAAUCAUGCAGUGUUUGUCCCUGGCUUGAUAAAGCCAUAGAUCUUUUUUCUAUCAUUGGAAGUUGGUAGCGUUGGAUGAGUAGACACCGCCGGG